AAAGAGAAACCGAGAGGCUUUUUUUCAAUCCCCGGUGGCCAGUGCUAUUGAGUAGCAUUUGAAAUAUGGCAGACGUCGUUGAUUGUAAUUUUCCUGUUUGGGGUCUUUUGCCAAAAAAAGAAACAGGAGUUACUCAGUUCAUCACCAAAUAUCCUCAAUAUGAUGGCCGAGGUGUUAUUAUCGCGAUUUUCGACUCUGGAGUUGAUCCUGGAGCACCCGGUUUGCAGGUAACGUCUGAUGGAAAACCAAAAGUAAUCGAGAGAUUUGACUGUAGUGGAGCUGGAGAUGUUGACACAAGCACAAUCGUACAAGCAACAGACGGAUCCAUUGCAGGUCUCACUGGCCGAGAUUUAAAAAUUCCAACUUCCUGGAGAAAUCCGACUGGAAAUUAUUAUGUAGGAGUAAAAAAUGCAUAUUCACUUUAUCCAACAAAAUUACGGGAAAGAAUCGAAGCUACUCGGAAGAAACGUCUGUGGGAUGAUGGGCACAAAACAGCGCUAGCAGAAGCUACCCGGCAACUACAAGUAUUUGAUGCAAAACAUCGACAAUUGACCACUUGGGAUGAAAAAUUAGAAAAAGAGGAACUUGAAGCUAGAGUCGAAGUAUUAACAAAUGCAGAAAAAAAAUACGUCGAUGUUGGACCAACUUAUGAUUGCGUACUGUUUCACGAUGGAGAAAUGUGGAGGGCAUGCAUUGAUACUUCCGAAGAAGGCGAUUUGGAGAAAGGAGUUUUUCUUGGCGAAUAUUCGCGUACACAUGAAUAUAAACCACUAACACAGGAAGAUCAAUUGAAUGUUUCGAUCAACGUUCACGACGACGGAAACACUUUAGAAAUAGUUAAUGUAUGCUCCGGACAUGGUACACACGUUGCAUCAAUAGCGGCUGCCAAUUUUCCUGAUCAUGGUGAAUUGAAUGGCGUUGCUCCGGGUGCUCAGAUAAUUUCACUAACAAUAGGAGAUGGAAGAAUUGGCACAAUGGAAACUGGAACUGGUAUUGUGCGAGCAAUGAUAAAAGUAAUGAGUUAUAAGGAAAAAGUGCACGUUAUCAAUAUGAGUUAUGGCGAGCAUACAAAUUGGUGUAAUUCCGGUAGAAUUGGAGAAUUAAUGAAUGAAGUUAUUGAUAAAUAUGGAGUAACGUGGGUUUCAUCUGCUGGAAAUUUAGGACCAGCUCUAUGCACAGUUACCACUCCACCCGAUAUAUGCACAAGCAGUAUUAUUAGUGUUGGCGCCUACGUUUCGCCUGAUAUGAUGCUUGCUGAAUAUUCCCUACGUGAAAAAAUGCCAGGCAUGCCAUUCACGUGGUCGUCCCGAGGACCAACGAUGGACGGUGGUUUCGGAAUUACAGUAUGUGCGCCAGGAGGAGCAAUUACCAGUGUGCCAAAUUAUACACUACGAAAAAGUCAACUUCUUAAUGGCACUAGUAUGGCUAGUCCUCAUGUAACCGGUGCAAUUGCCGUUCUCAUUUCAGGACUUCUAGCUAAGAAAUAUCCCUUUUCUCCAUACAGCAUUAAGCGAGCUCUUGAAAAUACAGCAAUGUUUGUUGACAAUCUCGAUCCAUUUGCUCAGGGUUCGGGUUUACUUCAGGUGGAGCGUGCCUUUGAAAAUUUGGUCUCAUUUUCACAGUCUGCGGAGAGAGAUGUCAGAUUUUCGAUUGCCUGUGGCGUUAAUAAUGCAAAAGGAAUUUUCUUAAGAUCUGGCGUUGUAGAUCGAGCGAAAGAUUAUGCCGUUGUUGUUGAGCCAAUUUUCAUGGAUAAUGAGAAUAUUGAUCCUUCUCGUAAAAUUAAUUUCAACUUAAAGUUGUCGUUAGUUUCGGACGCUUCGUGGGUACAUUUUCCAUCACAUUUCGAUCUUAUGUAUAUGCCUCGAGCAUUCGCCAUUAGAGUUGACGGUACAAAUUUGCCAGAGGGUGUUCAUUCAACCAGUAUUCGAGCUUAUGAUGUUACUAAUGUCGAUAAAGGACCCGUAUUCCGCAUUCCGGUUACACUUAUUCAACCCACUGUUCUCUCGAAAGCUGCCACUCUUCCGGAUUUGAAUUACACGAAUGUUUUAUUCAAACCAAAUACCAUUAUUAGACACUUUAUUGUCGUACCUGAUGAUUCAACUUGGGCAGUUCUAAAAUUGAAAGGCACCGAAAAAGACAAGAAUGGACGAUUUGUGACUCACACUGUUCAGCUGAAGCCCCGUUUGUCUUGUAAAAAUCUCGAAGUCAAUAAAAUGAUUAACGUUUCAUCGCAGGCAGAAAAUGUUCAAGGAUUCGCAGUAGAAGGUGGAAUUAUUUUGGAAGUAGCUGUGGCAAAAUAUUGGGCGAAUUUGGGAGACAUUUUUAUCGAUUACUCGAUAGAAUUCCAUGGACUUCGUAUGAUAGGCGGUGGUUUCACAAUGCAACCCGGAGACGGUUAUCACAGAAUUGAAUUACGAAGCUCGUUGAGAAAUGAAGAUGUUGUGCCAAGUUGUUCUCUAAAGUCGUCAGUACAAGUCUUGAGGCCGACGGAUUCGAAAAUUCUCCCAUUAAAGAAACGUGACGUUAUACCACCUGCUCGACAAAUUUAUGAACUACAACUAACUUACACAUUCCACAUAGCGAAAGCAACUGAAAUAACUCCGAACGCUGCAUUAUUUAGUGAGCUACUUUAUGAGAAUGAAUACGAAAGUCAAUUGUGGAUGAUUUACGAUUGCAAUAAACAGCUUAUUUGUUGUGGAGAUGCGUAUCCUUGCAAAUACACAGUUCAAAAAAUAGAGAAAGGUGACUAUACACUAAAAAUGCACGUUCGACACGAAAAGCGAGAAUUACUUGACAGACUAACGGAAAUGCCAAUGUUAUUGACUCAAAAACUUGGUACACAAGUGAAUCUAGAUGUUUAUGCUAGUCAAUCGCAAGCGCUUGUUGGAGGUAAAAAAAUGGUAUCGGCAUCAAUUCCACCUGGUCAUACAAUGCCAUUUUAUAUCGCCCCCUUGAGCAACGAAAGCAAGCUUUUCAAAGGCGCAACAUUGGGUUCAUAUCUACAAGGAACAAUAACAUUUUGCAAGGAUGAAAUUGGAAAGAAAGUCGAUUGUCACUCUUUCAAGUACGUUUUGUGUGAGCCACCGAAAAAAUCCAAUUCCAAUGGAAAAUCAGAUAAAGAUCAAUCCAAAUGGGACGAAUACAAUGAGGCAUUAAGAGAUCUUAAGUGUAAUUGGCUUUCAAAAUUGGAACCUGGAGAACAUACUCACAAAUUAUACGUGGAAUUAAAGUCAGAUUUUCCGGAUCAUUUGCCAGUUUACACUUCGAUGUUGUCAUCGUUGGAUUUAACAGAGGCGAGACGUCACGUACCACACGAUGAUUUACCAGACACAUCGCUUAAUUAUGCAAAUCAAAUGUUAGGCGUUGCUGACAAAGUAAUUGGAACCGUUGAUCAAAAUAAAAUUUUGGCAUAUUUUGGCUCAAAGACUGAUCAAGGACCCGAUGCUGCAAAAACAAAAUCAACAAUGGAGAAGCAAAAGAAUUGUUUAAUUGAAGCUUUAGUGAAAAAAGGCUGUGCUUUAUCGCGACUUUAUGUCGGUAGAACAAAAGUCGAGGGCGAAGGACCCAACAAGGAAUUGCUAGACAACUUCUGGGAUGUUUGGAAGGAGGUUCAAAAGUUCUCCGAACCAAAUGAUAUCAAAGCCAUUUCUGUCAAUCUGUGGCACGCGCAUCUCAACAAACAGUACGGCCGUUAUUUGAAAUUAUUGACAAGAUUUUUAGAAGAGAAAGCAGUGAAAGAAAUUGACGAAAGGUGCAUAGUUGUUGCUCAUAAAUUGGGAUGGACCCAUUAUGCAAAUCACGUUAGUGCAAGUUUACCAUCACGCUAUCCAAAAUCAUAUAAACCAUUUUGAUCAACGGUAAUUUAAAAUUCAAAAAACGUCAUUUGUAAUCUUCCAUCUCUAUUUUUUUAAUCAUAUAUACGUUUUUCUACAAAAGCAAUGGUAUUAAUAUUCAAAUAAGGUCCGAAACAAAAGACAAAAACUUUAAAAAGAAAAAAAGUUUCUAAGAAACUUAAAAAAGAACACAAAAAAAAAUAUUACAAAUUUGACAAAAUAAAAUGUAUAUUUUGUCAAUUUUGUAAAUAACUAAAAAUUCGGACUUUAUAAAACAAAAUUACCUUUACUUGAAAACAAAAGAAAGUACUGGGUGAUAAAAAAAGCUCUUCAAGAAAAAAAAUUUCAAAAUUUGUUUUUGAAAUAUAAAAAAAAAAUAUCACACAAAUAUGUGUUUUUAUAAAAUUUCACUAUAUUCACUUAUAUUUUGCAAUUUUUAGACUAAAUAUUUGUAUAAUGUUUACGAGAAAAACCCUCAAUUUUUUAAUGGAAAGUAAUUAAAACUUAUAUCAAAUAACAAUUAAGAGAAAAAUAAUUAAAUGUGCAAUUAUAAAAGAAAAUAUUCUCUAUACGUACAAUAAAAUUGUAAUCACCUAAUUUUUUUUAUACUUUUAAAAGACUGCUAAAAUUUAUAUCGACGAGUUAAAUUGACAAAAAAAGUUUUAAAAAAACAUAUUUGCCGUCUGGAGGGUUUUUAUUGUAAAUGAUAAUUUGUACGGUUUGCACAAUUGUGAUCAAAUAUCAAUUUCUAUUUAUCCAUUUUACCCGUUUGAAGGAGACAUCCAAAUUAUAGAAUAAUUUACAUAUUUGACAUGAACUUUCAAUGGUAAAAUUGAUAAAAAAUAAUGUUUCACGACGUUAUAUUAAGAAAAAAGAAUUCUAAAAAGACUUAAUAUCACUAGUGUUUGUAUAGUUUGCACAAUUGUAAGUAAACCAUUUAAUUUUUAUUAUCGAUUUCACUGUUGAAAGGCAUUAAAAAGUUAAGAAUUAUUUUCUUCGCUUUUGGAUCAACUUUCAAUGGUGCAAUCGAUAAUGGCGAUGAUGAUGAUGAUGAUAAAAUGAUGAUGAUGAAAAUAAAAAAAAAAGUCUUUAAAUAAAAGACUUUAAUAAAUAAUCUAAGUAAAUAUUAUUUGGUUCGCGCAAUAUUGUCAACAAACGAUAACUUAAUAUUUAUUAUCGAUUUCAUUAUUGAAAGGCAUUUCUUUUUCUGUCAACUUUCAAUUAUGAAAUUGAUAAUGGUGACGAUGAAACGAUGAUGA